UUUGCAAACUAUGAUGUUUUUCUUGCCAUGCAGACAAGAGUAGCAGCAAUAUUUAUAUUUGUUUCGUUCACCUCUCUGCUAGGCCUCGUUGGUGUACCUGCCCAGUUGAAAGAGAUCAAGAUAUACACCUGUGAAGAAUCAAACCAGCAUUCUGGGGCAUUUGUUUUCCUACUUGGGCAGCUUUUUGCCAGCAUGCCUUUCUUGUUUCUUAUCUCCAUCUCGUCAAGUCUGGUCUUCUAUUUUCUUAUUGGGCUGCGGAAUGAGUUCAGCUUGCUGAUGUACUUUGUGCUGAAUUUCUUUGCGUGUCUAUUGGUAAACGAGGGGUUGCUACUGCUUGUUGCUUCCAUUUGGCAAAAUAUCUUCUGGAGCAUCUUAAGUUUUGUGUCCAUACAUGUGAUAAUGAUGCUUUCUGCUGGUUUUUUUAGAAUCAGAAGUUCUUUGCCUGGACCAGUAUGGAUGUACCCCAUAUCUUAUAUUGCAUUUCAUACUUACUCUAUCCAGGGACUGUUGGAGAACGAGUACGUUGGAACUUCUUUUGCUGUUGGGCAGGUGAGAAACAUAUCUGGUUAUGAGGCUCUGGAAAAUAUCUAUGAUAUAUCCGAUGACAAGAACGCUAAGUGGAAGAAUUUACUGGUGCUGUUUCUUAUGGCUGUUGCAUACAAAGUUGUUGUUUUUAUUCUGCUGAAGUUUUGUAUCUGGAAAAACCUCUCUAUCCGCAAACUUUUCCUGUGUAACCAAAAUUCAAUGAAUCGCAGAUAGAUGCUAUACUAUAGAAAACCAUUUGUUUCAGAUUUUUGGGUAUUAUUGCUUAUAGAAUUAGCAAUUAAAAGCAUGAAUAUUUGUAAAGCA